AUGGAGAAGAGAACCAGAGCCUGGAAUUAUGAUGAGCAGGACCGUCUGGUUCUCUUUCGGAUCCCGCAAAAGGUAGGUAAACUGAGUACAGCAGUGUUAUCUUUUACAACCAAGGAAUGGCCGCCUAACUCUGGAGUUAUGGCGCAGGUUGACCUAGGUCUGGCCUCCUCUGGCAAUGUCAAGACGAAUCCUGCUCUCAACGAUGAUGGCCAGGUCUUGCCCGACGCGGCGACGACCGCCAUUCGUGCCCCUGGUCGAGGCAGCAUGACAAAGUUACCUGCCGAAGUGGUCCAUGCAAUUGCCGAAUACCUCCAUCCCAUCGACCGGGUCUGUGUGGCCUUGACAUGCAAGAAUCUGGCCAGGGCGAUGGUCUCUGCACCUCGUCUCACCGAACAGACAUGGCGCCCGUUUGCCUCCCCCUUCGGCAAACGUCCCGUCGCAAAUACUCUCGUCAUUCGGCUAGCUCAUGGAUGGCUCCCCAAGGACAAGAUGCGUUAUUGCUGUGAAUGUGACAAGAUCCUGCCGCGUGACGAAACCUACUUUCGCAAGAGGCUGGCAUACAAGAAGAGGCCUGGGUGGCUCCGCGAGGUGGAUUGCUCCAAACAAGACUGGGACAAAAUGAGCACGAAGGCCAAAUACGAGCACCUCGUCAGAAUAUGGUGCAGCUCAAAGGCGGCCGACAGCAGCGGGUUGUUUUGUGAGACGUGUCGAGGCGAAAACUUUGCACCUGGCUGCUAUGAGGGUGGGAAUGUCGUCGCCUGCCCACUCUAUCUAGAAGAAGGGUUGACAAGUGAUGGCCUUCGCUCACCAACGAGAUUGGGAAAGAUUUAUAACUCCGCCAAAUUGGGUCGCAGAGCUAUCAUUUGGAUCCUGGAUCAUGCAUUUUGUCUACUGUUGUGUUGCUCUACGGCUAUCAACUCUGUGUGUGAUCAGUGCCGUCGAUGCUGGAGGGCCAUACGCUGGAACGAUGUGCGUCAAUGA